AUACACGCGUCAGGGAAACGAUAGAAGAAAACACAUCUCGCCGCCCACCUGAAUAUCUCAGCUCGCUCUCCGCCGCCGCCGCCGCGCGCGAUCCAAUGGAGGAGGUGCAGGCCGCCGUGACGGCGCACCUGGACCAGGUGUCGGGCCUUGUCCAAGCGCUCUCGUCCGAGCUCCGCAGCGGGAUCGGCCCCGCCGCCGACAGCCUGCGCAGCUUUGUCCGCGCCGUCGACUGGACGGAACCAUGGCUGAUGGGCUUGAUGGCAUUCCACGCGAGCCUGCUACUGACGGCCGUCGGACUGAGGAGGCAUGCCAACUUACAGUUCUUCUUGCUGUUUCUUGCUUAUUCAGGAGUGUAUCUAGCUCAAAAGUUAAACAUCUACCUUGCAGAGCACUGGAAGAGCUUUGCCAGCCGGAACUAUUUUGACCGUGCUGGAGUUUUCAUUUCUGUUGUUUGGUCUGGCCCCCUUAUCUUCAUAUCUAUUGUCUCCGUGGUUAGCUCCCUCAUCACAUUAUGUCAAUUAAUGAUAAAAUGGAAGAGAGCAGAACUAAGGCAUCGGGUUCGGCUUGCUCGUGACAAGCAGGAAUGAUUUAAAGAAUCAGGGAAACUGGGUUAUUGGUCUUCAACAGUGUUCGGAUCUCAGAAAGAUGCCCAAGAAUCAAGUACUGUAAAUGCUCGAUAUUCUAUCAGCAUGUAAUCUUUAGCUGCUCUUUGUUGUUGGCAGUAUAUUAAACAGGUAUACUACUAGAUCAGAAAACUAGAUGUUGUAUCUGGCUCUUAUCUUGUUUUGUUUCUAGCUGACCAGGGGCUGUAAUUUUGUUUGAUACUGGGUGUGAUACAUUUGCAAAACCACAUCUUGGUAUAAGUUUUUCUUUCUGCAAAGCUUA